GGCGGCUCCACGCGAAAGAGAUUCCACGAGGAAGCAGAGCGCCGCGCGAGCACGAUGAGCAGCCAUGAUGUGCCGGUUCAACUGGGGUAUUACCGUCUCGGAGAGACUUUGGGAACAGGAUCGUUUGGGAAAGUCAAGCUGGCCGAGCACAUGAUAACAGGACACAAGGUUGCGAUCAAGAUCUUGAAUCGCAACAAGAUUCGUUCGCUUGACAUGAGCGAGAAGGUGCGACGCGAGAUCGGGUUGCUGCGGAAGAUGCAGCACCCGCACAUCAUUCGGCUGUACGAAGUCAUCGAUACUCCCACAGACAUCUUCAUGGUGCUCGAGUACGUCGCUGGUGGCGAGUUGUUCGACUACAUCGUGUCGAAAGGACGGGUACAUUCAUGUCUUCCUCGUCGUCAGCACGAAUCAAGCUUGUGUCUCGAGCACGGUCGCUAGAUGGGGUUCUUGCCCAACCUUCUCUCAUAAUGAUCCAUCCUCCCACGUAGCUGUCUCCCGACGAAGCGCGGCACUUUUUCCAUCAGAUCGUGUCCGGUGUCGAGUAUUGUCACUUCCACCGCGUCGUGCAUCGCGACCUCAAGCCCGAGAACCUCCUCCUCGACGGUGACAACAAUGUCAAGAUCGCCGACUUUGGGCUGUCCAACACGAUGAAGGACGGCGAGUUUCUGCGAACGUCGUGCGGUUCCCCCAACUACGCCGCGCCCGAAGUCAUCUCUGGGAACCUAUAUGCCGGGCCGGAAGUCGACGUGUGGUCGUGUGGCGUGAUUCUGUACGCGCUUUUGUGCGGCGCGCUUCCAUUCGACGACGAGAGCAUUCCAAACCUGUUCAAGAAGAUCCGUGGCGGCAUGUACAGUCUGCCUUCGCACUUGUCGGACGACGCACGCGAUUUGAUUCCUCGCAUGUUGGUUGUGGACCCGAUGAAGCGCAUCACGAUUCCCGAGAUUCGGCAGCAUCCGUGGUUCCAAACCAACCUGCCGCCGUACUUGCAGCAUCCCCCGGAAGCGGUCGAACACGAAGCGCGCAAGGUGGACGAGGAAGUCGUGGCCAAGUGCUUGACGCUGCAAUUUCCUGGAGGCAUGUCCAGGGACCAAGUGGUGCAAUCGAUCGAGCGCGACGAGCGCACGCCGGUCCGAGUCGCAUACGACCUCGUGCUGGACCACAAGAACGCCAAGAUCCGUAUCGACGAGCUGCGCAACGUCAAGCGCCAUGACAACCAGCCCAAGACGUUCUCUCCACCAGACCCGACCUUGCUCGUGCCAGGCCGAGGACCGAUUCCGAUGGCCGCGUCGCCGAUGAUCGCGGCGUCCCCGGGGGAUGCCAUGCGCCAGUUUGGCGGGCGGACUCCGCUCACGCGCGGGCCGCCCGCCAUGCCGUCGGUGCAGCACAUGAACGAUGCCCUUGCGGAGAAGAAGCGUCGGCGAUGGUACUUGGGCAUCCAGUCCAAGAAGGAGCCGGCCCACGUCAUGUCGGAGGUGUACAAGGCGCUGCUUGUCCUCCAUUUCGAGUGGAAGGUGCUGGCGCCGUACCGCGUCAAGUGUCGGUGGCAGCCGCCGCUCGCGUUUGCGCCGUCGACCGGUCCAUCGCACGCCAAGCCGAUCAAGAUUGGGCUGCAGCUGUACAAGGUCCAGCAGCACAUUUACCUCCUCGACUUUGAGAAUCUUGGCGGCGACGCCUUCACGUACAUGAAUCUGUGCGCGCGCAUCAUCACAGAACUCAAGACUCUCUCGGGCGCCGUCCGGUCGAUGGCGCCGCCCACCGACAUGCACGCUCCUCCCGUCGGCCAUCCAUCGCAUCCCCAUCAGCUCCACAACCCCCACAUCAACUUGCAUGGAUGACAAAGCACGAGGGAAUAAUCGACCGGUCCAAGGUCGAUGAUGGCACUCGGUGGUGGUACGCACGCGGCGUCGUCGAGCCAACAGCUACGUCAGAGAGGUCGCACGAUAAUACGAAAAUGCGUGGUCGAUCGGUGGGAUGCUGAUGCCAUGCCAGGGUGAGAGCCAUGCCGCGUCGACGUGCAGCCAAGACCGUCAUGUUCGCCACGAACGAUGCAAACGGGUCGUCUAGUG